UUUCUCAGGCGGAGAGAUUUCCUGCGCCUGAAGAUUGUUCGGCAUCCUUUACCCCACAUCACAUCGACAGCACCUGCACCGUGAGAACGAUAAACGCAGUUCGCAAUGAAGACAAUCGCGCGAAAACUUACGCUGCUGGUGCAAUUGCGCUUAGCCUUGGCCGUCUUCGUGGCGACCGAUUCGCCAUGUGGGACAAGAUGUGGCAAUGUGCUGGAUUCGACAUCCGCGUCUGACUUGGUUUGCAAAGAGUCGGCAUAUUCUACAUCAGCAGGCGUGGUUUGGCAAUCAUGUCUUACUUGUGAAUCAACUAGCUCCUAUUUUACCAAGAUCGCGAAAACCACAUACACAGAUCUGCAAUCAAUGCUUUAUAACAUGCGGUUCGCUUCAUCUACUUGCCUUUUUGGGGGCGGGUUAGGCAGUAAUCCAUGCGUCACUUCCACGGCUUGUGGACCAUUGCAAAGCGCCCUCGAGUACGAUGGUCUUGCCUCUAACGUCACAGCAUAUGGAUACUGUAGCCUAUGGAGCUCCGAUCAGGUCUCAAAGUGUGACAAUUGUUUGGCUGCGAUGGAUAAUGGACAUCAAUUCCAGAAUUAUAUAAAUAUCCUCGACGGCGCUUGUAAGAUGCAACCAACUGCAGGGUCGACUUUGGCUAUACAAGGGAACAUUUUCUCUUCUGACGUCGUCAGUGUCACGACCCCAACUCCUACGGCAUCAAUCACCCCAUCCGGACCUUCAGGGCCACUUAGUCUAGGCGCUAUUGUUGGAGUCGCAAUUGGCGGCGCAGCAUUUGUUCUUGCCGUGUUGGGUUUCUGCAUUGUGAUGAACGGCAAACGCAGGAGGCGAGCUUAUUUACGACGUCGAGAGGAGCAGAAACAGACAUGGCCAAGUCCUGGCGUGCAAGGCGAGAUGUUUGAGACACCAGUCAGUCAGCGGCCACUUCGUAACUGGGACGAGUCACCAGUCAGCAUGACAACGGAGGCAACCUAUCCACGAUACUAUUCGCCAUAUAGCUCGCAAUACAACAGCCCUGUCAGCGCGGCAGAAGCCGUGAAACAGCACCAGUGGCCCAUCGCCGCUACCCAGAAUAUUGGUGUUGCCCUAAGCCCCGAUGGUGGUCAAUCUCACCACUCAUGGGGCGACAAAAAAGGCAAGGACAAGUUUCAGCAAGACGAAGACAGUUACGAGAUGCAAGAAGGCAUCAACAGUGGGGGUGGCUUGAAUGACUAUGUGCCUCCUCCACCGCCCCAGGCCCCUGUUCUCAGCCAUCCCGGUUAUGGACGACAUGGCCCUUCGCCGCAGCGAUCGCUUACAGAGGAAGACUUUCACUCAGGAAGAGCCAUGUAAAUGGUUGUGUGUGCCGAGCAGUUUGUCUGUUUCGAUUGCCAUCCAUAAUUUGUAUUAGCACGGAGUUGAGGUGUAUAGCAGGCACGUUUUCGGCCCGAUGAUGUGUAGGUCACGUACAACAAGCAUUUCCCUUGCUAUUUUUUUAUUAUUGUUAUUAUUAGAUACCACGUCCAGGAGACAUUGACAAUAGCUGGGCCUCGAUCCCAAAGGGAAGGCUUACAAAGGAACAUAAUUGAGCUGAUAACUAGCCAAUCUCAUAUUAUACUCUUUUUAUUGAGAAAUGCAUCUAGUUAUUCAAGACGAACUCCAAACUUGUCUACGCUUCCUACAUAUCGCACCUCUACCGACCAUGCUGUCCACUGGCCGGCGGCUUUGACUAGG